UCAACUAUAAAACCCCAAACAUUCUGUCUGCAAAUUCAACUCAUCCACAUUUCAUUAAACACACCCAAACAUUCCUCUAAAUAAAAAACAUAUCUCUGAAGAACUUCAUCAGCAAUGGCAGUUCUUAAGUUCCAAAAGUUGUUCUCACUCUUUGUUUUGUUUUCCAUGGUAUCUGCCAUGGCGUACACAGAAGAAUUGUCAUUAGAUUAUUAUAAGUACUCGUGUCCUGGGGCCGAAGACAUUGUUAAAAGGAUCACUAAGCAGUAUGUUUCUCAUGUUCCUAGCUUUGCUCCUGGUUUGCUUAGAAUGAUCUUCCAUGACUGUAUUGUUAGGGGUUGUGAAGGUUCUCUAUUAUUAGAUCCAACCGCCUCUAACAACCAAACAGAGAAGACCGCGAUCCCCAACGUGACACUCAAGGGAUUCGUUGUCGUUGAAGCAAUCAAAUCUGCUCUCGAAAAACAUUGUCCUGGUGUUGUUUCAUGUGCUGAUAUAUUAGCUUUAUCUUCUCGAGAUGCAAUCACCACGAUUAAUGGACCAUCAUGGGAUGUUCCUCUUGGUAGAAAGGAUGGAAAAAUCUCAUUGGCUUCAGAAGCCAAUGCUUUGAUUCCAUCCCCCUUUUCAAACAUUUCUACUCUUAAACAAGAAUUUGCAGCAGUAGGUCUAACCACAAAGGAUCUAGUAGUCCUAUCAGGUUCUCACACCAUUGGACAUGGGCACUGCUUCAUCAUCCAAAGCCGAUUAUACAAUUUCUCAGGACGAGGCGACACAGACCCUGCAUUGUCUCCUGGAUAUGCUGCAUUCUUGAAGAAUAGAUGCAAGCCAAUUCCUGGUGAUAUGAAAUCAAUUGUUGCAAUGGAUAAGAUAACACCAAGAGUUUUUGAUGAGAAAUAUUACACCAUGGUUAGCCAAAACCGGGGGCUUUUCCAGUCUGAUGCUGCUCUUUUAAAUGAUCCGGAGACUAAGAACUACAUUGAUCUCCAAGUUAACACCAUGGGAUCAUCUUUUGCUCAUGAUUUUGCUGUGUCUAUGUCUAAGAUGAUUAAAAUUGGGGUACUUACCGGAAAACAAGGUGAAGUUAGGAAGAAAUGUGGUGCUGUUAAUGCUUAAAGUAACAUUGUUCUUUGUUUGUUACGUGGAAUUUGCUAUUAAAAAUGACAUGUUGAGCAUAAAUGACAUUGUUGGUAGCAAGCUAAUAAGGAUUGAGGAAUUGUUAAAAUAUUUGUUGAUUGAAUUUCUUUUUUAAGUUCACUAUUUUUUAUAAUUUUUGUGGGUAUUCAUCCUUUUGGUUAGUUUAUUUAUCAUGUAUCAUCUUUUGAAUAAGAUUAAGAGGAAGUUGGUAGCCUACAUGGCUACAUGGUUUUGUUAAUAGUAUUCUAUGUUUUUUCUAUCAUGUAUCAUCUUUUGAAUAAGGCGCAUUGUGUUUCAAUCAAA